AAACGAAAAUAUAAAGUGUCCAUCCAUCUUCCACUCUCCGUUCGUCUCCGUUCACCAUAGAUUCUGAUCUUCUACUGGUAUUGCUUCGUUCUACGCAUUUUCAAUCACUUCCUUACCAUAACUUAUUUUCCUGCUGAUGUUAAGGGUUCGAUGUGAAUGAAUCGAAAUAAAAGAGAAGAUUUCAUCGAGAUAUGUUUAAAUGAUGUUAAUAAAAGUUUUUCCUACUUUUAUGGUGCUCUACAUUCGAGCGUUAAGAAAUUGUUUCGGCUCCAUUACGUUUUGAAUCUCGAAUCACCAUUGAAAAUAUCUACAUCAAUGCAUCAUUUUCCCCAGAUGGAUCCAUCACCAAGAACUGGGAAUCUUCAAACACAGUUGGAUCCUCAAGCAGAUGCUGCAUUCUGGCCACUAUCAGGGAAACCAUAUUUCUAUGUGGUUCUUGGUAAACUAAUCUAUGGAAGGAGGUUUCAACUGGUCAUCCCACGUGAACUAUCGGAAAAGCUUCCAACUUCUACUGUUCCUGCUAGUAUCGUCUGCCAUGGAAAGGUGUGGGACCUACUUUACCAUGGUGAUCAGACUAAAAGGAGGUUUGGAAACGAAGCAUGGGGAAAAUUUGUUACAGAUAACAAGCUUGUAGCUGGGGAUGCAUGUGUGUUUGAGUUGAUGGAGGGGAGCUUAAUGAGUAGGAUUGUUAAGUUCAAAGUUCAGAUACUUAGAAGUGGUUUCCCAUCUAAAUUGUUGGAGAAAGCUGAAGGGUUUAAUAUGAACAAUCCCAUUGCUAUCGAUUAGGAUCCUUGAUCUUAGUUUUUGUUGUUUUGAAUCUUGAAUAGUUAUGGUGUUCAUAUGUGUUUUGGUCAUCUAGUUUUAAUGAAAAUUUCGAUGCUUUUCUUGAAGAAA